AGCUGGGCAGGUUGAGUUGUUGCAAGAACUGGCUGAAUUCAUUGAGCAUUUAAUAUACAACUUGGGAAUUCCAUUUUCAUAUCCUGAUCUUUACCACGCGCGGCAAGGGGGUCCUUGAUCAUGAACCAGCAAGUACCACUAAUUUUUGCAUCUUUUCGUUUGGAAUUUACCUAAAUAAUAGUUUCAGGAUGCAAAACAAGAAACCACGUGUAUGUGGGGGGCUUGAAUCAGUUAAUGAUAUUGAGUGAUUAUAUCCGUACCCGUACCAACUUGUAUACACAUCUUGGUGGAUGAUAUAUCAUAAAUGGCAAGUGUUGUGGCCUACUUAUAUUUCUUUCCCUACACGGGAUUUGUAUUUAGCAAGUAGCUUGCAUGAAUUAAAUUCGAAUGUGCAAGCUCAUCUUCACUUAGCCAAGUUCGCAACCAAACGAAUGAUUCACGGAUGUUGCUGCUGUUUCCAUUACAAGUGGAGUUCGCCAAACUGAACCCUCUUCUUUAUCCUUAUGUUACAAGUAUAAAUUGAUUAUCCGAUAGAAAAAGGUAAUUUUAUGUAUCAUGCAUGUAUAUAUUUUUUAAUGUACACAUUUUAUGAUGUUAGAAGGCUAAAAGCAUUACCUUUAUUUAACCUUAAAAAAAUCAUAAAGAAAACAGGCUGCAAUUAGAAAUAUAUAAAGAAAGUUAAACCAGUAUCUUUGUAUUUAGAAAAAUCUAUGCUUAUUAUUAUGAUAAACCCACAUGCAGCAAUUUUUUGACGAAACGGUAUGGUCAAAGAGUCAUAAAUAUAGUCAUUAAGAUUAUAUCUACACAAUGCAAACGCCAUGCUAUAAAAAGGAAACUCGGCACUCAGAACUGCAUACAGCAUUCCAAUUCAUUAGCUUAUGUUCACUAUGGCUUCAACUUCUUCUGCUGUCGUCAUCCAUUUCAUCCUUCUCUUUACAACCUUUCUCUCUGCUUUCUGCUUACCAUUACCACAUGAACCCACUUCCAUACCAAAAUCCUUCAUCCUUCCCAUUAAGAAAGACCCAACAACCACAUGUUCUACACCACAGUAGGCAUAGGAACUCCUCCACACAACAUGGACCUAGUCAUUCAUCUUGGCGGAGAAAAUCUCUGGCAUGACUGCAGCAGACCCUACAAUUCAUCAUCCAAGCGUCACGUUGAUUGUGAAUCAAAGAAAUGCCCUAGAGGCUCUACAUGCUCUGCCACUGGCUGCAUUGGGCCCUAUAAACCAGGUUGUGCAAUCAACGACUGUGAUAUCACAAUAACCAACCCAUUAUCUAAAUUCACUUCCUUUGAGACAAUGGUCGAGGAUGUCAUAUUCUUGCCUCAUAUGCAAGUGCCCGGUUUUCUUUCUGGUUGCAUUGACUUGAACAAUGGCUUUAGUAAUGUUGGCCUUGCCUUACAAGGUUUACCCAAAAGCAGUAAAGGGGUCAUAGGCCUUUCAAGGUCAAAACUUGCAUUGCCAACACAACUCGUUUCGGCAUACAAGCUUCCUCCCAAGUUUUCUCUCUGUUUCCCUUCUUCAAACGAGAAGGGCUUUGGUAACAUUUUCAUUGGCGGUAGUGAUCAUUCUCAAGCUGAGUCCAAGUUUCUUCAAACCACCCCACUUAUUAUCAACCCUGUUGCCACUGGUCCACUGUCUAUACACGGUACUCCCUCUAUUGAAUACUUCAUUGAUGUGAAAUCAGUUAAAAUUGAUGGCCAUGUUGUAAACUUAAAUCCUUCUCUUCUGUCCAUUGACAAGAAGGGAAAUGGGGGCACCAAAAUUAGUACCUUGACUCCAUUCACUGAGUUACAUACUUCUCUCUACAAACCCUUUGUUCAAGAUUUUGUGAAUAAGGCUGCAGUGAGAAAGAUGAAGAGAGUGGCAUCAGUGAGACCUUUUGAGGCAUGCUUUGAUUCAAGCACCAUUGGCAAUGGUUUGCCUGUGCCAACUAUUGAUCUAGUGCUACCUGGGGGAGUGCAGUGGACUAUUCAUGGAGCCAAUUCGAUGGUGGUGACGAGGAAGAACGUAGCGUGCCUUGCUUUUGUGGACGGAGGGACGAAGCCAAGAAUGUCUUCUUCUGUUGAAGCCUCCAUUGUUAUUGGUGGGUAUCAGUUGGAGGACAAUCUUUUGGUGUUUGAUAUAGCUUCCUCAAAAUUAAGCUUCAGCUCCUCGCUUUUGCUCCGGAACGCAAGCUGUUCCCACUCUUGAAUCUUUUGUUAGGUCCUCAAGCGUGUUGAAUAUUCGUCUUUUCUAUCUUUCACUCUCCUACGUCAAGUGUAGACUAAAGGCUCGUGUAAUGUGACUUGAAAUUCUAUUAUAUUAUUAUAUUCGCUGUAAUUUGUAAAUCUAUUAAUGUUUUAUUAUAGUACGUUUUAGUUUUUUCACAUGUAAGAGUUGGCCUGGUUUGUUCAAGUCGCGGUUCAUGUUUAGUUUUCUCUUCAACAAUUUUUAAUAGAAUGAGCUUGAGUUU